UCACAAGGAAGUUCGAGCUUCCUUGGCAGUAACCUUGGGAGUAGCCUUCCUACAGUAGAUUCAAGACGUGCCUGGCACUAGGCGACGGGCUACAGUUCUGGGAGCGGGACGGCCCAAGCGCGGAUGCGUCGACUGGCUGUGUUGGGCAAGGGAGAGCUGACACCAGAAACUCAGGAUGUGCACAUGGUUGUGAUAGUCAUAAGUUUUGUGAUCUGCAAGUAGUACUUAAAGUAGCUGCUGGCAGCCACUGGAAAAAAUUCUGUGCUUCUAUUGGAACUGAUAUUACAUUUGCUUGAUUUUGAGAAACUGCAAAGUAUACAUUUUUGAACUUCUGGGAACAAGUAUUUACAGGAAUACUUUUCUUCUGCAUUGCUUAUUCUUUUUCUUAAGUGUCUUGCUGCACUCUUGAAAUGUUGGCAGACACUAGUAUUCCUAUUAGUGGGAGGCUUGGUCCCCUUGUUGGAGCUGUGGACCAGGGAACCUCCUCUACACGUUUCUUGGUGUUUUCUGCCACCACUGGAGAAGUGCUGACCUACCACCAAGUAGAGGUUGCUCAACAUUAUCCUAAAGAAGGCUGGGUGGAGCAAGACUGCAAUGAACUUUUGAAAUCUGUUCACACUUGCAUCCUGAAAGCAGUGGAAAACCUUAAAUCUCUUGAAAUUGAUCCAGGAGACAUCAAGGCUGUUGGAAUCACCAAUCAGCGGGAAACAACAGUUGUGUGGGACAGAACUACUGGACUGCCCCUAUGCAAUGCUAUUGUGUGGUUGGAUGCACGAACUGCCAGCACAGCAGAGGCAAUCCUCAAGGAAACACCGGGGCAGAACAAGGACUAUCUUAAAGACCUCUGUGGCUUACCCAUCAGCACCUACUUCUCUGCUGUCAAGCUGCGUUGGCUUCUUGACAAUCUGCCCGAAGUACAGGAGGCAGCAGCACAGGGCAACCUUCUCUUUGGCACUGUAGACUCCUGGCUAUUAUGGAAUUUGACUGGUGGCCUGGAUGGUGGGCUACAUGUGACAGAUGUGACCAAUGCUUCACGCACUAUGCUGAUGAACAUUUCCACUUUGCAGUGGGAUGCCAAUUUGUGCAAAUUCUUCAAGAUUCCAAUGUCAAUUUUGCCAGAAAUCAGGAGCAGUUCAGAGAUUUAUGGCUACAUCACCAAAGGCCCAUUGCUGGGGAUACCCAUUUCAGGGGUGUUGGGUGAUCAGCAGGCAGCACUGGUGGGACAAAUGUGCCUUUCCCGUGGCCAGGCCAAGAACACUUAUGGCACUGGAUGUUUCUUGCUCUACAAUACUGGUACACAGAUAGUGCAGAGUGAACAUGGUCUUCUCACUACAGUGGGUUACAAGCUCGGCAAGAAAUCUCCUACCAUAUAUGCACUAGAAGGUUCUGUUGCCAUUGCUGGAGCUGCUGUGACAUGGCUCAGAGAUAAUCUCCAUGUCAUAAAAUCAUCAACAGAUAUUGAGCCACUGGCUAAGAAAGUAAAAGACUCAGGGGGUGUGUAUUUUGUGCCUGCCUUCUCUGGGCUCUUUGCCCCGUAUUGGCGCUCUGAUGCUCGAGGGACAAUCUGUGGCUUGACACAAGCAAGUACAAGUGCCCAUUUAGCACGUGCAGUGCUGGAGGCUGUGUGUUUCCAGACUCGUGAAAUUUUGGAUGCAAUGCAAAAAGAUUCUGGAAUUACACUGAAUAAACUACAAGUGGAUGGUGGAAUGACUUGCAACAAUACUCUUAUGCAAUUGCAGGCAGAUAUUGCUGGAGUACCAGUUGCUCGUCCCAGUAUGACUGAAACAACAUCCUUGGGAGCAGCAAUGGCAGCUGGAUCAGCAGAGGGCAUUGAAGUCUGGGAUUUAACCAAACUCACACCUCUUACAAAUGAUGAUUUCACACCUUCUAUAAUGCCUGAAGAACGUGAGAUGCGAUAUGAAAAAUGGUGUAUGGCUGUUCAGCGCUGCAUGGACUGGGAACUGCCCCGUGACAAGCAACCUGGACCAGAUCAGGAGUACCGCUUACUGUCAUCAGUGCCACCAAGCCUCUUCCUUCUCUCUUCUUUUUUUAUAAUAAUGGUUGCUAGUCACCUUCACAGAUCCUGACACUAGUUUGCCAGAGGCAACUAGACAAUGUUUAGUGAUGUACAUAUUUAUUAAUUUUAUUUAUUCUGAACAUAUUUUUUGUGUUUUAAUGACAUUCAAUAAAGAAAGGAUAUUAUGAUUUCA